UAUUGUGAAAUUGUGAAGUACUACGUGACGGCAGAGAAUGCGUCACGACUGUUGUAUGGUCUUAAAAUUGUUAAGCUCGUCAGUUUAGUGGUUAAUUUUCUAAAGUGGAAAUCUUAUUUGGAAAAACUUUGCAGAUCUUUAGCUGAUCUGGAUUCGCUAUGAAGUUCUUGAUAAAAGCUUACUAACGUCAUAGCUGCAAGGAUUCCGAUUUUAUUACUGUAUAUUGCACCAUGUCCGCUUAUUGAUAUUGCAUUUGUAUAGAGCAUAGACCUCCCAUCACUUUUAAAAAUUCGCGGACGAAUGGUCCGACUAGUCCUUGUUCUGCAGCCAACAGGAAGAUCUGAUGUACGCUUCUUUCGAGGAUUUUGGUGAACUGACACAAUGCUUUUAACUCAGCUCUGUACUCGCGCGCUUCGAUCUCUCCAGCUCGGGCCAGUGAUCUUUGAAGGAAGCAUUUUACGCGCCACGAAUGCACGACGAGAUAGGCUAGUCUCUCUAUCAUCAGGACCCUCUCCAGCAGCUGAAAAGCUGGAAAAAUCCCACAGUUACGCUCCUCGUGAGCAAGCCUCAACUCGGGUGCCGGAAAGCAUUAAUCCCGAAGAACCUGUUCUGGAUACGGUGCGGCGCAUACUGGAAUUGUACGAGCGGGCCAAGAGAGCGAUUGAAGUGCAAGGAGAAUUUGAUUUGAAAUUCAAAAAUCCUCGAGGUGUCUUUGCCAAUAAUGAGCUGGAGCUGGCGGAUGUGGAUGUUUUCGGAUUUGAUUACGACUAUACGUUGGCAGCGUAUGCUCCCACUUUGCAUCCGCUCAUCUACAACUUCGCCAAACAACACCUCGUCGAUCACUGCAAGUAUCCAGCCCAAAUUCUUGAAAUGCCGUACAAUCCAUCGUUCAGCGUUAGGGGAUUGCAUUUCGAUGUUGGAAAAUCUUUGCUGAUGAAGAUCGACUCCUAUCACAACAUACAAUUAGGUACUGUGUACAGAGGUUUGACCCCGGUGACGGAUGAUGAAGUUCGUGAAAUUUAUGGUGGAACACACAUUCCGUUAGACAUGCUGAAUAAUUUCUACGGAAAAAAUGUUGGACCAACAAUGGUGCAUUUAAUAGAUCUGUUUUCGCCUCCGGAAACCAUGCUUCUGGCCAAUACUGUGGAAUAUUUUACUCAGAAUCAGAUUCCGUUCGAUUCAGAAUUUGUUUACUGGGAUGUUUUUAUGGCCAUACAGUCUGUGCAUAGUAGUGGACUGAUGUAUAAAGCGAUAAUGUCCGAUGUCCCUCAGUAUCUCUUACAAGACUGUGGUAUCCGAGACUUUCUGAACCGAUUACAUGACAACGGAAAGAAAAUAUUUUUGAUCACAAACAGCGGAUUCCGCUUUAUUGAAACUGGUUUGAAGCAUCUAAUUGGUCCGGAUUGGCAGGAUUUAUUCGAUGUUGUGGUGUGCCAGGCUAGGAAGCCAAAAUUCUUCUAUCAAACAAAUCGUCCGUUCCGGCUGGUAAAUUUAUCCACCGAUUCACACUCGUGGGACAAAGUCACGGAGUUGCAAAAGGGGCAGGUUUAUAUCGAGGGGAAUCUCUCAAGUUUUCUCAAACUGACCGGAUGGGUUGGGUCGCAAGUUUUGUAUUUCGGUGAUCAUGUGUACAGUGAUCUUGCGGAUGUGACCCUGAAACACGGUUGGCGGACGGGUGCGAUCAUUCCGGAAUUGGAACGCGAAAUUCUCAUUCAGAGUUCAUCUGAAUUCGUUCGGGAUUUGACGUGGUUAUCAACGCUGCAGUUCCUGAUCGAACAGUUGCAACAGAUGGCAGAUUCGAGAGAAAAAAAUCUCAUUUUGGAUGGUUGGUUGGACGAACGGGAUUCCAUGCGACAGCGCCUAAAGUCUAUGUUCAAUCCAUAUUUCGGCUCACUAUUUCGCACUCACCAUAAUCCGACUUAUCUUUUCCGGAGAUUAUCUCGGUUUGCAGACAUUUACACAUCGGCAUUGAGUAAUUUAUUGCCGUUUUCUCUAAAUCAUACGUUUUAUCCGGCGAGAUCAGCGUUGCCUCAUGAGUGGCAGAUUUCCCGGAUGUUAAAUGAAUUGGUGGGAGAAAUUGUACACGAAGAUCACCCACUACUUCCGCUUGCCGAUUCAAAAUGGUAUUACAAGCGAUAGUUUGCGUUAAAUAUGGGUUUUAGUGUUUUCGAUAAUGGGCUCUGUGUUUAGAAGGUCUUUAAUUAAUGAGUUGUGGUUUGUUCCUGUGAUAACUUAACAGAUAUAAAUUAAAAUACUUUAAUGUAAGUUUUACCGUGUGUAUGUACCAUGCAAAAAAAAUAUUUAUUGUGUAUCUCCGGUGUUUUUUGACUUGAAGUCAUAAAAUUGUAAUCUCCCCGUUAGUUCAUCGGCAUUCUGGUUUUUGUGUUAAAUUUACCAGGCACGCAGUGGAUCGAAACGUCGCUGUUAGGCAAUGUUGUGCUUUCUGUAUACUGUUUUCCUGGAAUAUUCACGAGCCGGUCAUGCAUUAUUCUUGUACUAAUUUGUAAAUACCCGAUUGUGACUUGCUUGAUGUUAACGAACAAGCGUGUUUCCAA